AUGGGUUCCAGACACUCCGAUUUUCAAAGGCAACGAUCCGCCCUAUUGUUAAUCGAUCCACCGCCAAGAUCAAACAACGAUCCAAGUCCACGACAAGAUGAUGCUUUCAUAUCACCUUCAUCUUUCCCAGUAUUUGAGCCUAUCUUCAGUUUUGAUAUUAUGCAACAAUCAAAUCAUACAAACACACAACGAUCAACUGCACAACAAGAACGGAUUCAUUUUAGCAAAGCCAAACCUCAUUGUCAGAUUCUAACACCUUUUCCGCUUUGGCUCGAUAAACGCUUCAUCGAUCAAGAAAAGGCUGACCUUACAGAAAAGCACAAAAGCAAGCAGAAGACUCCCUCUGAGGAUGUACGAUGCUCAUCAACCAGACUUUCGGAAGGUCAAGAUAGAUUUGAUGUAGCAACUUUUGCUUUCCUCCAUUUCGAUCCAACACUAGAGGAGUCUCUAGGCUAUAGCGUUGAUUCCUUGAUUGGUACGAGUAUUUUGGAUUUUAUGCAUCCAAAUGAAGCAACAGAGAUCGGAUUGAAAAUUUUACAUGUUUCGAUGUACAUGAAAAGUGUCGCGUCUUUGGGCAGUGAUCAACAAUUAACUGACAUUCCUCUAGAGCUUAUUGGAGAUGAUAUGCUGUUAUGCUUCUUUCAUGCUGUUGAAAAACGCUCGAUACAUGAUGAUCAACGGGAAAAGUCCCAAUGGCUUUCCCAGAAGCAUUUCCAAAUUUUAACAAAUGGCACCACAUCAUCCAAGAUUUUAUUUUCAUGGCCGCCACCUAGAUUGUUUGAUUUAGCAUCAUAUCAUUCAGACAGCUCAGGCACAGAGUCAUAUAAUGAUGGGAGCUACUUCGCAGACGACCUGGCACGUUCAGCAAUUGAAACAAAAAUUGGAGAAGAAAAUUUAGGUAUGAAUCAAUUUGUGACCGCUUGUACUAGACAACAAAUCAUAGAAGGUAAAAUCACUGCAGAUGGUGUAUCGAUCGAGUUUAUAGUAACACUCAUUCCUCGUGGCGAUAUAAAAUUUGCCAUCUUUUCAAUUUCAAGAGCAGAACACAUCAACCAAGAAGCAGGACACAGCUCUUCAAGAGGCGACCAAAUAUUCCCUGUCCUUACACCAAAUCACCAGUCGCAGCCUUCUACCAUCGCCAAUCCAGAGCAACAAAAGCAAUCAUCUUUCUCACAAACACCACCGGACCUGACUUUCUCAAAGUCUAUUUUUUCUUUCCCUUCCAUGGCAGCUGCGCCAAGUGCUUUCACUUCACAAACACCACAGACAUUUAAUAUUAUGCCCGCAACAGGAAUGAUGGUUGAUGAUGAAAUGAGAGAACCUGGUAGACGCUUAAGCGCACGUGUCAAAACGAUCACAAGUCAAGAUCCCUUUCGAUUCCCAAUGAACGAUGACAAACUAUAA